AUGGGGCAGCCUCAGUUCCUUGCCAGCAGCCAGGUGCUGGCACGGACAGACGCACACCCCAAGGGCUGCCCUGGCCUGCUAUGGACCUGCGGGCUCCGAACUCUGCCACAUGCCUACUUCCCUAUGGGUAAUUACUAUGGCAGUGGCAUGUCACGCAUCGUGGGUGGUGCAGAUGCACUGCCAGGGGCCUGGCCUUGGAUCGUCAGCAUCCAGCACCCUUGGGUACGAGACCUGAAGCAUCUGUGUGGAGGGUCCCUCAUUGGCCACCAGUGGGUCCUCACAGCAGCCCACUGCUUCGACGAGGUCACGGAUAUCACCUUGCUGUAUGUGGUGAUUGGAGCCACCCAGUUGACUCAGCCAGGCCCUGGGGCACAAGUGCGACAUAUCAAUCAGGUGCUGAUACACUCGUACUACAAUUCAGAGAACUUGAGAUAUGAUAUUGCCCUCGUGGAACUGGACCGUCCUGUCCAGUGCAGCCCCUACAUCCAGCUGGCCUGUGUGCCCGACGCCACACUGAGAGUGUCAGAACUGCAAGACUGCUGGAUUGCUGGCUGGGGUUCCACUGUUAAAAGAGCUCCAAAAGCAAGCGAUCGCCUGCAGGAGGCCAAGGUCCGACUCAUCGAUCUCCAGCUCUGCAACAGUAGCCGCUGGUAUGCAGGGAAAAUCCACCCCCACAACUUGUGUGCUGGUUACCCACAGGGCAAAAUCGACUCCUGCCAGGGUGACAGCGGUGGGCCUCUCAUGUGCCAAGAGAAAAACAGCGACUACUGGUGGGUCAUUGGAAUAACCAGUUGGGGGAAAGGCUGUGGCAGAGCAAGGCGACCUGGAGUCUACACCUCCACUCAAGACUUCUAUGAUUGGAUCCUGUACCUGAUGAGCCUGAACCCAGAGGGAAUUUCCUCUCCAACAUCACGGGCAUGUAGUCAUUAUUUGAUCACUUCACACCCCUGGAGUCAUUAUAUUACCACCCCACAACCCCCUCAGAAGCCAUGGUCAAGACCGACCUCCUCUCUGAAACCAAUGCCAGUGCCAACAACAUUGGGCAAAGUUAACUCCUGCCCAUUUCCCAUCAACAUUCUUGUGGAAUUCUUUACUCAAGUGAGGAAACUCCUCCAGCAGAUCUUUGGGCAAAGCACAUCUUGA